UGACCCUUCCAUGGCGCCGUCCUCGUCGCAUUCCUUCUUUUUUACCUUUUAAUGUUGCAUCAUCUGUCAUAUUUACCUAAAUUAAGAUGUGUGCAACGUAACAUAACACCGCAAUACCGGUGGAACUAACACUAAAUUAUAUAUACCUGACAAGCUAGACAGCAAUAGUUUUCCUUUGGAAAUUAAACUCUUGUUUAUUUUUUAUAGAAACUUUUUCCUGACAACUUUGCCUCCCCUCUACUGUGUCUUCCAAACUCCUGUAAUUAGAUGUACGAAUAUAAUACUGGUUGUGAAUGCGUCCUCCCUCCGUCGGGAUGACAGCGUCAGCACGAAGGACCAGAUCCCAGUCCUGCUCUGUACAUAUCUGGAUACACAGAACUUCAUCAUGGUGAAAAUAUUUAUUGGCAACCUCGCCUGCGACACCGCCCCCGAGGAUCUGCGCCAGCUCUUCGAGAAGUACGGAAAGGUCUCUGAAUCCGACGUCGUCAAAAACUACGGCUUCGUGCACAUGAACGACGUGUCGGAGGCCGAGGAGGCCAUCCGCAACCUGCACCAGCACGAGCUGAACGGCUGGCGCAUCAACGUGGAGAUGAGCAAGGGGAGGCCCAAGUCCACCACCAAGCUCCACGUCAGCAACCUGGGCGAGGGGGUCACCACCGACGUCCUGCGGGCCAGGUUCGCAGAGUUCGGCACGGUGGUGGAGUGUGACAUCGUGAAGGACUACGCCUUCAUUCACAUGGACCGCAUGGAGGACGCCAUGGACGCCAUCAGCAAGCUGGACAACACCGCCUACAAAGGCAAGCUGAUGAGCGUUCAGCUGUCCACCAGUCGGCUUCGCACCGCCCCGGGAAUGGGAGAGCACACGGGCUGCUUUGUCUGCGGGAAACACGGCCACUGGUCGAGGGAUUGUCCAUCCGGCGCCGGGAAUGGUAGCCAUGGAGACGGCGACGGCACAAGAGGCCGGGGCGGCCACGGUUACGGCUGGGGCGGCGGCUUCGAGGUGGAACCUCCAGCGGCCGAUUACACGGGCGGCUCUGCGUAUAGUCGGGCGGGUUACGGAGGCGGGUUGCCGCCUUCCCCUCGCAGGCUCGGCGGCUACGGGGCCGAGCCGGGGGAUCGGUACUCCGGCAGGGGAGCAGGCAGCUUCGCGGAGAGGUCACCGGCGUACGACCGCGAGCGUCUCUUCUGCAGUGACUACAGAGCUCGCCCUUACGACUCGAGCUAUUUCGAGGAUCGUCGCAUGUCCUUUCUCCCAUCUCCCCCAGCGCUCCCCUCCUCCCUCUCAACGCUGUCCUCCAGUAUAGAUCCAUACGACCGGCGGCCGCCGCCUCCAUCAUCAUCCUCGUCGGCCGCCGCCGCCGCCGCCUUCUACGCCCGGGGCCGCAGCCCGAUCAGACGAGUGCCGGUCUAUGAGCAAGCACAGCUGUCGCCGGCACCGGGCUCCCAGAGCUCCUACGCUGUUGCUGCUCGGCCCAAGGAUCAUUACACGCCCCGCUAUGAGCCUUACUAACGCCUCGGUGCCAAGGUGAGCAACAUGGUGACUCAGAACAGUGGGACAUUUAACUGAAACGUUACUGGUCAGAAGGCACUGGGAUCUUUGAAGCCACUGGAUCCCUUUAUAGCGUUAGGUCCUUUGAAGCUGUGAGGGGUUGAUCCGUCUCUGAAAAGGGAAUGUGCUCUCUUUCUUGGUCUGCUUGUGAAUCACAGGGAAAGUGUUGCCGUCAUUUCUUCAAGCUUCGUGAUUCCAUCAGUCUGACGGUGUUUCCAGCUCAGUUUUUUUCUCCUUUUUUUGUGUCUUUUUUCUUUCUUACAUGAAGAAAAUAUAGCAAAAUAUAAAUUGUCUGGCUUCUGUUUGUCAUGUUUGAAAACCUGAAAAAGUACUUUCCUUUUUUUGAGUGGGAUGAGAGUUAAAACCCUUGUAGCUUGUCGUGCACAAUAAUGUCAUCGUGCUCCCACACGCACAUGUGAUAUAGAUCAGCUAUAAUAUGGAUACAUGUAAUGAUCAUCAUUGGUGUCAUAUCGAUGUUCUGUGAAGGUGGGGACUCUUCCGGUAUGUUUCGUCACAGCAUAAACCGUUAUGCUUGAAAGGAUGAAGUUCUCUAAGCGGUCGAGUGGUCGGUGAGGAAGGAAACCUGCACUCUGUGGCGUCUGCAGCGCGUCAAUGGACUCAGUGAUUGAAAAUAAAGAACUGAAUCCAUAUCCAUGAAACUAACGUGGUUAAGUGUUCACAUUUUGUGUUAGUACCCAUUUUAAGAAAAUUAUUUCAAACAAUCCAGCUUCAGUUUUAGUUUCUAUUUGAAUGUGUCUAAUAUAUAUAUAUAUAUUGCAUACAUUUUAUAACAAGUUGUCAGCUGAUAAGUAUAAGUUUUGAUAAGAACUGCUAAGAAACACUUUGAAUAUAUUUGUGUCCCACUGGUAUUGGCAACAGCAAACAACCCUUCACCUCCUUCACCUCCUUCACCAGAUGCAGAUGGAUGUUCAUGCUCCCCAACAGAUGCAGAAACGUGAGGCAGGACUCGGCUUCAUGAGGCAGUUGUGUUUUGUUUAAGGUGUUUGUUGUUGGUUUUGCAUAGAGGUGGAUAUGAUGUUUGUAUUUUUCAUACGAGCUGUACAAGUACCAGCAUUAAAAUAUAAAAAGUCUAAAGUGAA